CCGCCUGCGCCCCCAGGACUCUGGCCUCACCCGGCCGUGCCGGGGCCUCUGUGACGCGGCGUUCCAGGCACUCGGCCCCGGCCGAGCCCGUAGCUAGAGCGGCCCAGAGACAGGAGGCGGCGGCAGCAGCGACGGCAUGAACCACUGCCAGCUACCGGUAGUGAUCGACAACGGCUCGGGAGUGAUCAAGGCGGGCGUGGCCGGGUGCCGGGAGCCCCAGUUUAUCUACCCGAACAUUAUCGGCCGCGCCAAGGGCCAGGGCGGCGCGGCCCAGGGCAGGCUAGAACUCUGCGUGGGCGACCAAGCUCAGGACUGGAGGAGCUCGCUGUCCAUCAGUUACCCAGUGGAGCGUGGUCUCAUUACUUCAUGGAAGGACAUGGAGAUCAUGUGGAAGCAUAUCUAUGACUAUAACCUAAAGCUGAAGCCGUGUGAUGGCCCAGUCUUGAUUACUGAGCCAGCGCUGAACCCACUGGCCAACCGGCAACAGAUCACGGAAGUGUUUUUUGAGCAUCUGGGUGUUCCUGCCUUCUAUAUGUCCAUCCAGGCUGUGCUGGCUCUCUUUGCUGCUGGCUUCACUACUGGCCUUGUGCUGAAUUCAGGUGCUGGGGUUACCCAGAGUGUACCCAUCUUUGAGGGUUACUGUCUGCCUCAUGGUGUGCAGCAACUGGAUCUGGCAGGCCUUGACCUCACCAACUACCUCAUGGUGCUGAUGAAGAACCAUGGUAUCAUAUUGCUUAGUGCUUCAGACAGAAAGAUUGUUGAAGACAUCAAGGAGACCUUUUGUUAUGUGGCAAUGAACUACGAAGAGGAAAUGGCCAAGAAACCUGAUUGUCUAGAGAAAGUUUACCAACUACCUGAUGGGAAGGUCAUCCAGCUCCAUGACCAGCUCUUUUCUUGUCCAGAGGCCCUCUUCUCUCCGUGUCAUAUGAACCUUGAGGCCCCUGGCAUUGAUAAGAUAUGCUUAAGCAGCAUAAUGAAAUGUGAUACAGGCCUGAGGAAUUCCUUCUUUUCCAAUAUUAUCCUUGCCGGGGGAUCAACCUCCUUCCCUGGUUUAGACAAGCGGUUAGUUAAGGAUAUAGCAAAGGUGGCUCCUGCCAACACCGCUGUGCAAGUUAUAGCUCCUCCAGAAAGGAAAAUAUCAGUGUGGAUGGGAGGUUCUAUUCUUGCAUCCUUGUCUGCCUUCCAGGACAUGUGGAUCACUGCUGCAGAAUUUAAAGAAGUUGGACCCAACAUAGUACACCAAAGAUGCUUCUGAAAUACAGAUAAAAUGGUUAGAAGAAAAUGUUUUGAGUAUAUGUGACAGAAAACUUUGGAUAUUAUAUGUUUCUGGGAGAAGAGAAAAUACUUCAACUUUUGGGAUGCCAA